UUUUUAUAUCACAUUUUUAAAACUUAUUGUGUUGAAAUCAUGGCCAAUGCUGAGCUGUCUAAUGCUCUCCGCGAUUUUCCAAAUAGAGUUAUUAAUGUCGGGAUGGAAGAACGUCCGGCGUUAUUUGCUAACGUGUCCGCAGUGCUUACAAAUCCUGGUAUUAAUUCAGCAAUAAUUCGUGGAAUAUGCAAAGUGAUUGGAACUACACUAACAAAGUACAAAGAUCCAUCAUCACAACAAUUAGUCCGGCGUCUUAUUUCCGAUUUGGCAAAAGAGCAUCAUGACAUAACUUUUGAAUACAUGUUAUCUGUGCUAAAAACGCUCACAUUAAAAGAACUGCCUUUAGCACCUGUACAAAAGUCUUCAAAAUCAUCUGUUAUUGCUUUAAGUUGGAUUGCAUUGCUACUAAAAAACGGAAAUGCUGAAUCAAAUAUUUAUAAAACGGAGAAACGGAGGCUUUUUGAAUACCAGUCACUAUUAUACCAAAUGACCUUACUAGCUUCACAACAACGAGUUACAGAUGCUGCCAGAAAAGUGCUAUAUGAAUUGUGGGAAGACGACAAUAUUUUUAGUGAUACCGUACAAACACUUUUACAGUUGGAUCCAAACUCCAAUGUAACAAUUCUUAUAAUGCUAAUGGUCCAAUAUGAAAAUCAACUAAAUCAAGCUACCACAGUUUUAAAAAACAACAAAGAUCAAAUUAUAGAAUAUUUUGUGAAAAGUAUGAUUUUGUCGAAAACUAAGCCACAAAAGGCAUUCAUCGUAGCUUGCUAUCCAUUUUUGAAAACAAUUACCGACUCCGAGUUUGAAUUACAUAUAUACCCCCCCCUGCAAAGAAAUCUUCUCCGAAGUCCUGAAAAUACCCUAGAAAGUCUGGGUCUUAUUAUUGACGCAAUAAAUAUAAAUUGCAGCCGCUACGGUACCCAAAUUGGAAAAAUUUUAAUUCAAAAUUUGUAUUCCAAAGAUGAAGUGGCCCGACGUGAAUCUUUAGAGUCGUUGAAGACAUUGUCCCAGAAGUGCUCAGAUGAAGACGUUAUCAAGGUUUUAUUAGAACAAAUAUUUUCAAUUUUGAGUGGAUCUGAUGGCAAAAUAAAUGUUGUUGAAUAUAGGCUCAACUUACUACAGGGUGCUGGAUGUCUAAGCUAUAAUAUCGUACCAGAGAAAAAUAAUCUCAACCUUUUAAAUGUUGCUGUAAAUUUAUUCUGGAAGACGCUUGAGUAUGAAUCACAAGAAAAAGUUAUAUGUUGUACUUUAGAAAUGUUUGCAUUGUGGACAGGAAAGUUUACCACAGAGAUUCCCAAUGUGCUUAUUAAGAUAUUUAAAAUGGGUCUCGACCAAAAAAAUGCUAGUCAGGCAAUUCGACAGGCUUAUCUUGAAUGGUUACUUUCUUCUAUACAAAAUGCGGAAAUGAACAAGGACAGUGAUGUUGUGCCAGCUUUAAUAUCUUUGUAUGUAAAUGCUCUACAAAGCUCAACCCAACUAUCACAAAUUUCGGAAGCUGCUUGUAUUGCAUGUAUAUUAUUAAUACUAGAGAAUCCAACUGAAAAAUACUCCAUCUUUUGGAGUUCUUUAUUUGAUAUGAAUAAGUUGCUUUUCUUUGGUGAAAAAUUCUUAAUGGCAGGAACACCCGAAACACUAUGCCACAUUUCUUUGAUAGCCAAAUUUCUAUUAACAUCAUAUGCAGAUAAAUUGAAGGGACCAAUAGAACCAUUAUACCGUACACUCAUAUUAAACAUGUGUAACAACUCGUGGAAAGUACGUGAAUAUACAAUAAAUCAGGUUACACAAAUUAUAUCAGGCGCUGAAGGUGUAGCUUUUGUAAAACUUGCUCUCAAUGAAUAUAAAACCCAUAUAAAUAUGUCUAAGAUUAGUUAUGACACAGAUAUCCCAAUUGAUCAGUCCUAUAUUCCAUCUCAUAUUUUUGUAACAGCUCUCCAAACUUUAUGUAAAUUAUCAAAUGUUCCUUAUGAAGAUGCUGUAGAACUAGCUAUGCUGCUCUUAUACGUUGCUCAUCAUCCUGCAAUAGUUAAUACUAACCAUAAAUUCUGGGAAACAGCUCUUCAAGAUAAUUUUGGGUUAGAUAUUGAACAUUUUAUUUCCACUAAUAUAAAUAGUAUAAAAGAUAUAUUCAUUGAUAAUUUCAACGUUUGUGCAGUGUAUGAAAAUACAAUUUCAACAUUAGCUCGCCUAAGUCCUAAUGUGGUUUUGCCUAUUAUUAUUAUGCGAACUAAAUUACAUCUUGAUGAUCACAGCAAUGUCCAUGUCUCCGAAGACGAAUAUCGUACAUAUUUGACACCAGACGGAGAAUUAUAUGACAAAAGCGUAAUACCAAAUAUUGAGUCGCAAUAUGUAACUGUUGGUGUGCGAAGAGAGAAUAAAGUGUAUAGUUAUAAGGAACAAAUGGAAGAAAUACAGCUCCGACGGGAAAUUGAUGAAAAACGUCAAAAAGAAGGAAAAUCGAAAACCAUUAGGCUCACACAGAAACAACAAGAGUUGAUUAAAAAUCAAACAGAGAAAGAGUUUCGCAUUAAAUAUCGCAUUAAUCAAUUGAGAGAAAAACUAAUGGGAAUCAUAAGCUUAUUUAAAUCUGCGUGCGUUGGAAAUGGAAAAUGUGUUGCUUUACAUUUCCAAAAUAUAUUACAUUCGAUUCUUAGAGCUUCAAAAAGUCCACUGUCUGCUGAAGUUCUAACCGAACUAUACUAUUUUCUACAUAAAAUGUGCUUUCAUAAUCAAAAAGACUUAUGCAGUGAAAUUUCGAUUGCUACAAUAAGGCUUCAGAACCCAUCCUGUGAUUUAAAAAAGGAAUGGCUUGCAAGAAACUUGGACGAAAGUAUUGCUGAAAUUAUAUCAGCUCUAAACAAAUACGUAGAUAAUAGUUCAAAUUCUAAUGAGCAAGAAACGUUUGCCAACCUUCUUGAUGCGCCGUCAUUUUCGUAUGCAUUCGAAUUUGUUCAACGCGCUAUUACUCAUUUAAAUAUUGCUACAAAUGAAGACAUUGUUUUAAUGGGAAUACAUUUUAUUGAAAGUCAUGCUCAAUUAAAAAAAAAUUCGACUGCUGACAAGUAUGAUCUUAAUUCAAUGCCAAGAUAUGGAAUGUUUAAAAUAUUAUUUUAUUUGAUAAGAAAUUGUAAAGGAAGUGUUCAGACUCAGGCAGGAUGCGCACUCUUAGAUGUUGCGACAAUUUCUUCCGGAGUUAAUUCCAGUUCUGGACCUGAUCAUAAAACUAUUGAACUAUUUUUGAAAGCUUUACAAAAUGAAUCGGAGGCUGUUAGGGAUAUAACAUUACGUGCGUUAAAAAUAAUGGUUUCUAUAAUUAUUAAUGAUCUAGAGCCUGACAGUGACUUGCAUAAAAGAAUUGUUGCUAGCUUUUGGAUUGCAAAAUUUGACGUGUGUCAUGAAAAUCAAAGAUUAGCAAUUGACCUUUGGAAUGCAACGAACUUUUCAUAUCCAGAAUUCGACAGAAUUAUUUGUAACAUUACACACUCAGAACUCUGUAUUCAAAAAGCUUCUGCGGCGUCUCUAGCACCAUUGAUAGUGAGUGAUAAUAAGUUAAUUAUACACGCCUUGAAACAAAUGCUAACAAUUUACAACGAGAAGCUGAUAAUGAUUCCUCCUAAAUUGGAUCAGUUUGAGCGAGAAAUUGAACCUGCUGUUGAUCAGUGGAAGCCACGAAGAGGCGUUGCAAUUGCAAUUUUAAAUAUUGGCGAAUUUUUAUCUAUUGAAGACAUAAACAAUGUAAUGCAGUUUAUGGUGUCUCAAGGACUUGGCGAUCGUAAUGAAGUUGUACACAAGGAAAUGUUAGCUGCUGCUUUAAAAAUAGUUGACAUACAUGGAAAAGAAACCAUUGUUAGUUUAUUACCUGUAUUUGAAGGAUUUCUGGAUAAGGCGCCCAAAUCACAAAGUUUUGACAACACACGACAAGCAGUUGUUAUAUUAAUGGGAUCCUUGGCGCGUCAUUUCGAAAAACAUGAUAAACGAAUUGAACCAAUUGUUAAACGAUUACUGGAAGCUUUGUCUACGCCAUCUCAGCAAGUACAAGAAGCGGUUGCGAACUGUUUACCGCAUCUUAUGACCUCUGUAAAAGACGAUGCUCCUGCGAUAAUAAAAAAGUUAUUACACUCUUUAACGAAGUCUGAAAAAUAUGGCGAGAGACGUGGCGCUGCAUAUGGUAUAGCUGGAAUUGUCAAAGGGCUUGGAAUUUUAUCGCUCAAACAGUUAGAUAUAAUGUCCAAACUUACCAUGUAUAUUCAAGAAAAGAAGAACUAUAGAUAUCGCGAGGGUGCUCUUUUUGCGUUUGAAGUGUUAUGUACUACUCUAGGACGUUUGUUUGAACCCUAUAUUGUUCAUGUAUUACCACACUUACUACAGUGUUUUGGUGAUUCAUCUCAAUAUGUUCGACAAGCUGCUGAUGAUACUGCAAGAGUUGUUAUGGGAAAAUUAUCAGCUCAUGGAGUAAAAUUGGUGCUUCCAUCUCUUCUAGACGCUCUUGAUGAAGAUUCUUGGCGCACAAAAACAGCUUCAGUUGAACUUUUGGGAGCUAUGGCAUUUUGUGCUCCAAAACAACUAUCAUCAUGUUUGCCCAGCAUCGUUCCAAAAUUAAUCGAAGUUCUUGGCGACUCUCACACAAAAGUGCAAGAAGCUGGUGCUGAUGCUCUAAGAGUAAUAGGAUCGGUUAUAAAAAAUCCAGAAAUACAAGCACUAGUUCCGGUUUUAUUAAGGGCAUUAGAAGAUCCCUCUAACAACACUUCAGCUUGUCUUCAGUCAUUGUUAAAAACUAAAUUUGUUCACUUUAUUGAUGCGCCUUCUUUGGCUCUAAUUAUGCCAGUUGUUCAAAGAGCAUUUAUGGAUCGAUCUACGGAGACAAGAAAAAUGGCUGCACAAAUUAUUGGAAAUAUGUAUUCUCUAACAGAUCAAAAAGACUUAACUCCUUAUCUUCCAAACAUAAUACCUGGUUUAAAGUCAUCAUUGCUCGACCCAGUUCCUGAUGUAAGGGCUGUAUCUGCCCGUGCUUUAGGUGCCAUGGUUAAAGGCAUGGGUGAGACUUCAUUCGAAGACUUACUUCCAUGGUUGAUGGAAACUUUAACAUCAGAGUCAAGUAGUGUUGAUCGCAGUGGUGCAGCGCAAGGACUUUCUGAAGUAGUUGGAGGUCUUGGAGUUGAAAAAAUGCACAAACUUAUGCCAGAAAUAAUUGCCACAGCAGAAAGAAAUGAUAUUGCACCGCAUGUAAAAGACGGAUAUAUAAUGAUGUUUAUAUAUAUGCCUGGUGCUUUUCCAGAUGAAUUUACACCGUAUAUCGGCCAAAUCAUUAAUCCAAUACUAAAAGCAUUAGCAGACGAAAGUGAAUAUGUACGUGAUACAGCACUCAAAGCAGGUCAACGAAUUGUCAACUUAUAUGCAGAAUCAGCAGUUGCUCUUCUACUUCCAGAGCUUGAAAAGGGUUUAUUUCAUGACAAUUGGCGAAUAAGAUAUAGUUCAGUGCAACUACUGGGAGACUUGCUAUAUCGCAUAUCUGGAGUGUCCGGAAAAAUGACUACAGAAACCGCUAGUGAGGAUGACAACUUUGGUACAGAGCAGUCACAUACAGCAAUAAUUCGGUUCCUGGGUGAUGAACGUAGAAACCGAGUUUUGUCAGGACUUUACAUGGGGCGUAGUGAUGUGUCUUUAAUGGUAAGACAAGCAGCUUUACAUGUAUGGAAAGUUGUUGUUACCAAUACUCCCAGAACUUUGCGGGAAAUUUUGCCGACUCUAUUUGGAUUGUUACUAGGCUGUUUGGCUAGUACGAGCUACGAUAAACGGCAAGUUGCAGCUCGUACUUUAGGUGAUUUAGUACGCAAACUAGGUGAAAGAGUAUUGCCUGAAAUAAUACCUAUACUUGAAAAGGGAUUAGAUUCAAACCACUCUGAUCAAAGACAAGGCGUUUGUAUUGGUUUGUCAGAGAUAAUGGCAUCUACCUCAAAGGAAAUGGUUCUCACAUUUGUUCAUAGUUUGGUUCCGACUGUACGUAAAGCCUUGUCGGAUCCUUUACCUGAAGUAAGAGAAGCAGCAGCUAAAACAUUUGAAUCUUUACACAGUACAGUUGGUCAUCGGGCCCUUGAUGAUAUCCUUCCUUUUAUGUUAGAAGAACUAUCCAAUCCCGAUCCUUUAGUGGCUGAAAACACUUUAGAUGGAUUGCGGCAAGUUAUGACUAUCAAAUCUAAAGUUGUGCUGCCGUACCUCGUGCCGCAAUUAACGUCACCACCAGUAAAUACAAAAGCUCUCUCCAUUUUAGUCUCAGUGGCUGGUGAAGCCUUAACCAAAUAUUUGCCUAAAAUAUUAUCGGCAUUGCUAGAAGCUUUAUCACAGUCCCAAGGUACGGUUAAUGAACAUCGCGAGCUCGAAUAUUGUCAAACUGUUAUAUUAUCAGUCACCGAUGAAGUGGGCAUUAGAACAAUUAUGGACAUAUUAAUGAGUUCUGCGAGAAAUGAUAAUUUGAGCACGCGGAAAUCUUCAGCAAAUUUGCUUUGUGCUUUCUGUAUUCAUUCGCCGGGAGACUAUUCACAAUAUGUUCCUCAACUUCUUCGGUGCUUGCUAAGAUUAAUGGCUGAGAAUGACAAAGAUAUUUUACAAAAGUCUUGGGAGGCACUAAACGCAGUGAUAAAAGGAUUGAAUCCAACUCAACAAAUUGCCCACGUAGCUGAUGUUCGACAAGCUGUUAGAUUUGCUGCUAGUGAAUUAAAAGAGUCUGAACUUCCAGGCUUUUGUUUACCUAAGGGAAUAACUCCCUUAUUACCCGUUUUUCGGGAGGCUAUUUUAAAUGGUUUGCCCGAUGAAAAAGAAAAUGCAGCUCAAGGUCUUGGUGAGGUGAUUUUUUUAACAAGUACUCAAUCCUUACAACCAUCUGUUGUACAUAUUACUGGUCCACUGAUUCGGAUAUUAGGGGACCGGUUCAACUCUGGAGUAAAGGCUGCAGUUUUAGAAACAUUAGCAAUUUUGCUUCAUAAAGUUGGUGUCCUAUUAAAACAAUUUUUACCUCAGCUCCAAACAACAUUUCUGAAGGCGUUGCAUGACCAAAAUAGAAAUGUCCGCAUGAAAGCAGGACGCGCACUAUCUGAACUGGUAGCUAUACACUCGAGAGCCGAUCCUUUGUUUAAUGAUAUUCACAAUGGUAUUAAAAACUCUGAUGAAUCUGCAGUACGAGAAACAAUGCUACAUGCCCUUCGUAGUAUACUUGGCCCUUCUGGAGAAAAAAUGUCUCAAGUAAUAAAAAAACAAAUCUUAGUUACCUUGCUCUGCUUGGUUAGCCACCAAGAAGAUGUUACUCGAAAUGCUGCAGGCGGAUGUUUAGGAGCAAUGUUAAAAUACUUGCUACCUGAGCAAAUUAAUGAAUUGCUCAAUAAUCACAUUUUUACGGAAGAUUCUGAAGAUUAUCUUCUAAAACAUGGUCGCACAGUAGUUAUUUUUGUUGCACUCAAAGAAAGUCCAAAAGAAAUACUUUCAUCACUUUUUUAUGAUAAGGUAAAAACUUACAUUUUAAAUAAUAUUACAUCUGAGAAAGUCCCAAUUGCUUGUAAUGCAAUAAGAGCAGCAACAUACUUUUUGGAAUAUAGCCUAAAAAAUGAAAAUGAAACCCCUAAUAAUAUUAUUGUAGCACUUGCUAGAGCAAUGAAUCAUAGUAGCAAUGAUGUAAAACAAUUAGUAGCAAAAAGUUGCAGUCAUUUGUCAAAAAAUUUAACGGCUUAUCAAAUAAAUCUUGAUGUAAUGAAAUAUUUAAUACCCAUGUUAGUUAACGGCACCAAAGAAAAGAAUGGAUACGUAAAAUCGAAUUCAGAAUUGGCUCUGAUUUCUUUGUUAAGAUUAAGAACUGAUGAUACAACUUAUAUAAAGACUUCUGAAGCUUUAGAAUCUGGAGCUAAAGAUUCAUUAAAUGAAGUUAUUAUGAAAAUUUCAAAAAAAGUGGUUGUACAAUCAGUUAUUAAAGAAGAAGAGUUAGAUGAUACAUUGCUGACAUGAUUACAUUUUCUAAGGUAAACAUUAUUUUCUAAUAUCGUACAUGCGUAAGACUAUAUUAAAUAAUGAUGUAUCACAAACAAAACGAAACUAAAAAAUAUAUAAUAUACAAUAAAGAAA